ACUCCAAGGAGAAUUCUCUCUUUGGUUCCGGUCGUCAGAGAGUGCAGACUCUCACCUGCCCAGCCAUGGGCUGGGUGAGGGAGGGGAAGCCACGCGGCCUAGUCCAGUAGUUGCUUACUCCUGUUUUAGCAAAUGUAACACCAGAAUCAAGUCCCUUCCUGGGAUGAAAACCUGUGAAUUCAUCAGCCAAGAUGGAGCUUCAGUUUUGGCCUGAUUUGGUGUCUCCCUUGAAAAAGCUGAACAGUUGGAUGCUCUUGGUGGUUCUGGUCAUAUCUCUUUUGAUUAUUGACCUAGUGAAAAAGAGACGACCCAGGAAUUUCCCUCCAGGGCCGCAGCUCUUUCCUCUCGUGGGAACCUUUGUGGACUUAAAGCAGCCUCUCCACCUUGCACUGCAGAAGCUUACAGGUUGGUAUGGGAACAUCUUCAGCGUGCAGUUUGGAAGUCUGACAUUCGUGGUGGUCAACGGGUACCAGAUGGUGAGAGAAGCUCUUGUCCACCAGGCUGAAACAUUUGCUGAUCGGCCAAAUAUUCCACUCCUCCAAGAAAUAUUUAGAGGCUUUGGGCUCAUAUCAUCCAAUGGGCACAUAUGGAGGCAGCAGAGGAAGUUUGCUUUAGCAACACUGAAAAGCCUUUCUGUAAAUUUUGAGGAAAAAGUGCAAGAGGAGAGUCGGUACCUCGUGGAGACAAUUGAGGAGGAGAAAGGACAACCCUUUGACCCUCAUUACAAAAUUAAUAGUGCUGUUUCGAACAUCAUCUGUUCCAUAACUUUUGGGAACCGCUUUGACUACCAUGACAACCGUUUCCAAGAACUGCUGCACUCCCUGGCUGAAACGCUGCUGCUCAUCGGAAGUUUCUGGGGCCAGCUCUAUAAUGCUUUUCCUUUGAUCAUGAGAUGGUUGCCAGGACCCUUCAGGAAAAUCUUCAGGCACUGGGAGAAACUUCAAUAUUUUGUGAAAGGAGUGAUUGCAAAGCACAAGGAGGAUUUGGACCAGUCCGAGGCAGGAGAUUAUAUUGACUGUUACCUGAAGGAAAUAGAAAAGUUUAAGGGUGACACCAGCUCCUAUUUCCAUGAGGAAAACCUGCUGUGCUGUACCUUGGACCUGUUCUUAACUGGGACUGAGACAACGGCGACCGCCAUCCGCUGGGCUCUGCUCUACAUGGCCGCGUACCCCCACAUUCAGGAGAAAGUGCAGCAGGAGAUCGACGCCGUGGUCGGGCAGUGCCGGCAGCCCUCGAUGGCCGACAAGGAGAAGAUGCCCUACACCAGCGCUGUGCUGAGCGAGGUCCUGCGCAUGGGCAACGUGGUGCCACUGGGGGUGCCCCGCAUGGCCACCAGCGACACCACCCUGGCCGGCUUUCACCUGCCCAAAGGCACCACCCUGAUGACGAGCCUGACUUCAAUAAUGUUCGACAAAAACGUGUGGGAGACUCCAGACACCUUUAAUCCUGAACAUUUCCUGGAAAACGGCCAAUACAGGAGGCGGGAGGCUUUUCUGCCCUUCUCUGCAGGCAAGAGGGCUUGUCCCGGGGAGCAGCUCGCCAGGACCGAGCUCUUCAUCUUCUUCGUGGCCCUGCUGCAGAAGUUCACCUUCCAGGCCCCAGCAGCGCUGUCCUUCGCCUUCACGCUCAGCCUCACGCGCUGCCCCAAACCCUUCCAGCUCUGCGCUGUGCCCCGCCACUGAACCAGGCCUGGGGCUGCCCCACAGCCCCCCGCGGCCUCACAAACUGGGAAAUCCCCUUCUCCUGACGACCCCAGAGAUGCUGGGCUGAAAUGAUGGGUCCUGGAGGUCCAGAACCUGCCGGCAUUUGGGUGGUAGGGGAAGGGAUCAAGGGCCGCAUGCCGCACGCUGCGCAAACACAACCCUUGUGGCUCUUCCCUUCACCUCAUUCCUGCUCCCUGCUACCAGUCUGACAAAAUGCAUGAAUUUAAAAGCCUUAUUACCUAAUUUCCACUGUCAGCAAUUCCCAGGAAGUUGUUGCAUCCUGGGAUUGGGUUUAGGGGUUCUGGGAUUAGGGGUUCUUAUUUGUGUUAGCUAGCCGAGUCCUUGUACCCCCGUGCUUCUCCCGUGUCGUUCCCCCAUCCCGCGGUGUCUGGCCCCAGGCUGCCUGCCCGUUCAGAACGCCGCAGGAAGGGAACGAGCCAGCUGCAAAAGCAUGGUUUGAUGUUGACUUUUCCAUAGGGAAUAUGUCCCUCACCGCUUAGCAGCCCCUAAUGCUGCAGCACCCAAAUAGCCAAGGGCUCCUGAGGUGUCCCUGCUCAGAGAGAGCUGCUGGCCUUGGACACAAGCUCUGGACUCAUGACUCAGCAUCAGUUUGGACUUUCAGGUGACCACAGCCAAUCCUGAGCCUCAGCUGGGCUUGGGCUCAGGGUGGUGGACACUCCCUGCAGCACCACAUUGCUGCUGUGUGAUGGAAAUCACAGAAUCAAAGAAUAGUUUGGCUUGAAAGGGACAUUAAAGAUCAGCCCCUCUGCCAUGGGCAGGGACACAUUCCACAAAAUCAGGUUGCUCCAAGCCCCCAUCCAGCCUGGCCUUUUAUCCCUGGACACUUCCAGGGAUAAAAAAUAUCUAAGCAGAGAUCUCUGCAGCAGCAGCAAGCAUUUUUUUGAAUCUCAAAGAGCAUAUGGGAAUUUUAAUUAGGAGGCUACAGGGGAAGAAGCUGCUUCUACCGAAGCCCAGCCCAAGUGGGAUGGCACAAGGAGCUGUGCUUCCAGCAGAUCUGGAAGGGCUAUAAAAAUAUGAUACAGCAAUUUUAUAUUAGAAAAGCAAAAGGUUUGUGCUAGUAAAAUACAAAUCAGAAAAGCUGCAACAAAAUAAGCCUCUGGGGCUGCUGGGGAGCAGUUCACCUAAAGUGCAGCAGAAAGGGAACAGCAGUGAGUGUUGGAAGGGUCGUGCCCGUGGCGGCUCAGAGCCGGCCCUCAGGAAGGAAGUGUUGGAACAGUGGCUUUGUGGUGGGAAGUCACGAGUUCAGCACUUCCCCCUCUGCUUCUGGCAAAGAUUUGUGUCUGUGUGUGACCAGCAUGGGCAUAGUGGGGGGCCGAGGAAGUGGCUGGGACAGGGCACCCUGCAUGAUGGACACAGCUUCUUCCUAUGCCAGGCCUCUUUGGAUAAGAGUUAAUUAAAUGUGCAACUUGGAGAGAAAUUUUCCAUUUAUGUGACCAGGCAUUUGUGCUUAGAAAUGCUGUCUCCUAUGUGCUUCAGUUUGGACUAUAGUCACAGCAAAGAUUCUUCUUCUUGGUUUUGUUUUGUUUUGUUUUGCUUCUUACCUUUCAUAAGUGACUUUUCUGUGGGUACCCACGUAGGAUAUGGUCUAGUUAACAGGAAAAGAGGAUUACAUCGAGUUUCAUUUCCACUGGUUUUCUCCUCUGUCCCCAGCAAUAGCGGCUUUGCUGCGGUACAAAGCAAUCCCUGUGCAGUGGCAGAUUUGUGCCACAGGGGAGAGUCCUCUGCACAUCACAUCCCUGCCACGCCGGGCACACGGGGAUUCUGUCACUGAGCUGUCCUUCCGACUGAUCACUGUAAUCCUAUUGCAUUCUUAAUUAUUGUUUCACAGUCACAGGCUCCCAUGUUGUGUUUUUGUCUUUGUAAAGAAAACAUAAAAGAUACAGGGACUUUUUUUUACCUAUGAAGUCUUCAAUGGAACUCGGGACUAGGCACUGGUUUCUCUCCAUUUUUGUGUUUGUUCUGCUGUAGGUCUGACCUCUGGCUUGUUGCACUGGCUUAGCAAAUAAAUAUUGAUCUCAUUUGAUAUCUUGA